AUGAGCUCAUCCGGAACGACCAAUCCAUUUUUACAGCCUAAUAUCAGUGGCUCUAGGUCUCCCAAUAAUCCCUUCCUCGCUCAUGUCGAAUCCAAUCCAUUUGAAGAUCCAAACUCACAGCUCACUCCAGGAGGAAGCACCAGUACCAGCAGUCUGCCAAUUGGAAAUCCAGGUGCAAACUGGCAGCAAUUUGUAGCUGGAAGUGUCGGAUCUCCUCAGGAAAUCACUUACCAGCGACAACCAACAUUCUCAUCCAACGUAGGAUCCUUGCUCACGUCUAGCUUGUCCCAGAACAAUCCUCCCGCAGUCACGCCCCAAAGUAAUCGAAAUAAUAGUGACUCGCCCUACUAUCAGUCUCCUCGAUCUUCGGCGGGGUCUGCAGGAGCAGCUUCUCCAUUGGACGAUAUGCUAUUAUUGAAAGUCACGGAUUCUCAGAUAGAUGUAAAUAAGCCAGACUCGUUGCUUGAUUACAAGCCAGCGCUCCCAGCUCGUAGGCCGACAAUUGGAGCUCCGGCACUGGCACCUCGUCCCAGUGAAAGUCCCAGACGUGACUCUCUCUCAGCAGCAACCAGACCCUCAACGCCAUCGCGUUCGGUAUCACCAUCAGUAAGCAGUAUAUUAAGUGACCAACAAGCCCCGCCGCUUCCAGCUAGGCCGUCGAUAAAACAAAUGGCACCACCACCUUCAAUCACGACUAGUAAUAAUCCAUUCAUAAAUCCGUUUGUUUCGCCUUCUCUCGAUACUUCUCCCGAAAGAAUAGCUAGGUUGAAACAUCAACCCAUCCAAAUCCACACGCCACAAGCUGAUUCUAUAAACCGUAGACCACCAGAAUUAGAACAGGGACCUGUAGAAGUGCAGCAUAAGGGAAGCGUUCGAUGUUUUUGUAUUUCUGGGACUACCCUGUGUACAGGGACUCAAAAUCUUAGGAUUUUCAAUGUAUCUACAGGCGAGAAUACUCGCACCAACACCUUGGGUGAUUCAAAGCCCAUUUGCAUGUCUUUUCUGACAAGUCGACAGCCCAGUGACGAAGGACGAUUUGUUUGGGUGUCGGUGGAAAGUCCCAAGGCAACCGCCGAGAAGGGAGAGUUGUUUUGUGUUGACGUUAAAACAGGCGAGACUGUUGAGCGACGCGUAGCUCACUCGGCUACUGUUACUCACAUUCUGAGGUCUGCAAAGACUCAUAUGUGGACUAUAGAUGAUAACGGAGGAUUGAAGAUAUGGGGUGAAGAUAAGAGCGGGCCUGGGGGUGUGAUAUCACUCCUGACCUCAAAACCUCAAUCGCUUCGUAUCAGCAGCAGGCAGGCUGUCGCUCACCUAGCUCACGGCUGCCUCUGGACCGCACAGCAUAGAGUAAUAGAGUGUUACAAUCCUUUGAGCGACGCAUUCCAGCAGAGAUACGAUGCUGGACCAUCAAUAGGCUCCGUUACAGCAUUAGCCAGCACUUCACUACCUCAGUACGUAUUCUCAUCUCACGAUGACGGCAAGGUGUUAAUAUGGGAUAACUUGGAACGAACAGGUCGCCUACGGAUUGUAAAUAUUAGUUUAUACCGUAUUACAGCUUUGACUGGUGUCGGCGACCGAUUUUUGUGGUUGUCUUUAUCCACGGGAAAGAUGCAAGUGUAUGAUUUCGGAGACAAUGCCACUUCCAGCAACUGGAACCAUGUCAAAGAUUGGAAUGGGUCUCAUAUUACGGAAUUGACUGUAGAUGAGCCUUGUCAUUUAGAAACUGGUCGUCUUCAUGUUGUGUCAAUGUCAGAACAUGGAGUUAUGAAGAUGUGGGAUGGGUUGCUUACUAGAGAUUUUUACGAUCGAGAGAUGAUAAAUCGUGAACCACAAUUUUGUACAUACAAGGAUAUCAAGUUUUUCGUCGGAAGCUUCAACCUAGAUGCAGCAAAACCAGACUCGCUAGACGAAGGCAGAAAUCAAGACACUGGCUUUCUGUCUGAAUGGCUGUCGACUGUGAAUAACCCCGACUUUAUAGUUAUUGGACUACAAGAAAUAAUUGAUCUAGAGAGCACGAAAGCAAAUGCUAAAAAGUUCCUUCAAGGUUCGAAAACCUCAAACGAAAAGAAGAAUCAAGACCAUAGAUUUAUGCUUUGGCAGAAACGACUCGUGACAUCAGUGCGAGAGUGUAUACCAGAUCGAGUAUACAAUCUCGUACAAUGUAAUGUGCUUGUUGGUCUGUUUCAGGCAGUUUUCGUUGCAGAUUCGGAAGUCUCACGCCUCAGGCGAGUAGAUGUCGAAGUGCAGUUAGUCAAGACAGGUCUCGGCGGUGUUUACGGCAACAAGGGUGCCAUCGCAUCUCGGCUGAUAUUCGAUGAUAGUUCCUUUUGUUUUGUGAACUGCCAUUUAGCUGCCCACACUGCAAAUCUAGCAGGUCGGAACGCUGAUAUUGCCAACAUCAUCAAGGAUUGUAAUUUUAUGCCCAGACCGUUCUAUGACAACACGUGGGUUAACGGAGGAGAUGGUAGUAACUUGCUGGACCACGAUGUGGUCGUUUGGUCGGGCGAUUUGAACUUUAGGCUGGAUACGUUGGGUAGAGAGCAAGUUUUGAGUUUGAUUGAGAGGCGAGAGUGGAAUCUGUUACAGCAACAUGAUCAACUGAUACGGCAAGCUCAUUCUACUGCAUUCCCGUUGCGAAUGCUGAAAGAAGGCGCGUUGGACUUUCCUCCAACCUUCAAAUAUGAUCGCAACUCGACAAUGUACGAUUCCUCAGACAAGAAGCGUGUGCCUGCGUGGUGUGAUCGCAUUCUGUACCGUGGGAGUACAUUAUCUCAAACUUCAUAUCAGCGAUACGAGUGUCUCGUAUCUGAUCACCGUCCUAUCGGAAGUGGAUUUGUCACAAAAGUUAAGAAGAUGAAUAUGCCCGUUAGAGCUGACGUGGCUCGUCAAGUUCGAAUAUUGGUGGAAGAAAACUUUAACAGGAUACUGCAGACCGCUCGAGAAGAUUGGCUCACCAGCAUAACAGGAAAUAGAGCAUUGGCACGAAAGAUUCUGAUGGAAUCCAAAUCCUUACGACAAGCGAGAGAAAUUGCACAGACCUCAUUACCACAGUCAUCAUAG